GACGAUAAGUUGUUCGACUCCGAGGGUACUAUAACCAUUCACCCAAAUAUUGAGCGUCAUGGGAAGUACAUUUAUUGCUACGCAUCACUUGAAAAACACAUAGUUGGAUUUAAGUUCGCCAAAGUAAUCGUUUAUGGCCCACCAGAAGGCAUCAAGAUUACUUCCCCUAUGGACCUAUACGAUGGCAUAGAAGUCAAUGUAACCUGCAAAGCUGUUAAUGGAUACCCCGCACCGCAUAUCCAUUGGUACAUCGGAACAAGAAAUCUUACAGAGGAUUCAUCUUUAAACAUAAGUGAAAAUAAAGCUGGUCGAUAUGAUGCUGAAAGCACUCUGACUCUAAUACCGACGAGGUAUGACCAUGGGAAACGUCUUCUCUGUGAGACAAUACAACCUACAAUACUCCAAGCUCGUUCGGUGAAUCAAAGCUUGGUUCUAAAUAUAUACUAUCAUCCCGUUGUGUCAAUCACUGCUCGACAUCUUACAUCAAACAAAGCAAGUGGGACUACAGAGCUCGUGGUGAUAUGUGAAGCUGAUGCCAAUCCCCCUGUCAUUACCUUCGAAUGGCUAUGCAACGAAACUGUAGUGUCCAACGACUCCAAUAACAACAUACUCACUGAGACUCUACGUGAAGAUGCAACCCUAACAUACCUAAGGUCCAGCGUACUUGAGAUUCAAAACCCACUCUCCAAAUAUUGUGUUUAUAAAUGCACCGCUGCAUCGGAAUACGGCUCAGGGAGUGCGAUCUUCAAUUCCCUUUAUUUAUAUUUAAUCCCGAAUGCACCUUCUGGGAUCAUCAUCCACCAAAACCAGACGAAAUCGUCAUCUCUUUUCGUUGCCUGGAAACAAAGUUUCAUCAUCGGAAAUAAGACGAAAACAUUUUUCCGAAAUUUAGAAUCUACUGUCAGUUGGAACAUACAGGACCUCCUUGCAUUGUUCACCGAAUGAUGGCGUCCAUUUCUGAACAUAUGGUUCUUAUUAUUUGCCUUGAAAUUAUCACCUCACAAAGCUCUCCACCAAAUCGGCUGUAUAUCACUGAUGGAGAGGGCAUCUAUAACUGCUCAAACAGCCUCCCUCUAACGGUAAUAGCUGGCCAACAACAUGACAUCACGUGUGAAGCAUAUGAAGCAAUGCCCUCUGCAAUAUUGGAAUGGCGUUUACCUGAUGAUAUGGCAGUUGUUCAUCAGGAUCAGUCUGAUGUCAUCCAAGACAACUUUUACAUUUCUCGGAAAGAUGUGAGAAUUCAAUUUUCCAGGAAUGAUCACAGAAAGAUUCUCACCUGCAUCGCAUCACAUCCACAGCUAUCUAAGAGCCUUAAUUGCUCAGUUCAUCUAAAUGUUCAUGUUCUUCCUAUGAGUGUGUUGCUCUUUCCAACUGGAAGUAUCCAGUCCCAGACAAGACUCAUAUACGUUCAAGAAGAUUCACCGACUUCAAUCACAUGUAAAAGUAUUGGAUCAUUCCCAGCGACCGAACUAUCCUUUCAGUUAGAAAGUGGCAAUGGUCUCGCCGAAAGAAUUCUUCCAAAUAUCUCAAGAAAAACAAGUAUUUUAGACCAUGAUUUGUUCGACACCGAGGGUACUGUAAUCGUACACCCAACUAUUGCACAUCAUGGGAAGUACAUUAAUUGCUUUGCAUUACUUGAAGAAUCUCUAGUGGAAUGGGUGUUUGCCAAAGUGGUCGUUUACGGCGCACCAGAAGGAAUCAAAAUGACUUCCCCUAUGGACCUAUACGAUGGCAUAGAAGUCAAUGUAAGCUGCAAAGCUAUAAAUGGAUACCCUGCACAGCAUAUCCAUUGGUACAUCGGAUCAAUGAAUCUUACAGAGGAGUCCUCCUUAAUCAUAAGUGAAAAUAAAGCUGGUCGAUAUGAUGCUGAAAGCACACUGACUCUAAUACCGACGAGGUUUGAUCAUGGGAAACGUCUUCUCUGCCAGGCAGUUCAACCUACAACACUCCCAGCUCGUUCGGUGAAUCAAAGCUUGGUUCUGAAUAUUACAUAUCAUCCUGCUGUAUCAAUCACUGUUCGACGUCAUACAUCAAACAAGGCAAGUGGGACUACUGAGCUCGUGUUGAUAUGUGAGGCGGACGCCAAUCCUCCUGUCAUUACCUUCGUUUGGCUAUGCAACGAAACUCUAGUGUCCAGCUACUCCAAUAACUACAGGCUCACCGAAACUCUAUAUGAAGAUGCGACGCUAAGGUCCAGCGUACUUGCGAUUCAAGACCCACUCAUCAUGUAUCAUUAUGUUUACAACUGCACCGCUGUAUCAGAAUACGGCUCGGGAAGUGCAGCAAUGAAUUCCCUCUAUUUGUAUCCACCACAUGUGAUCGUUAUUAUUGAUGGCACGGGGAUUCGCUACUGCUUUAAUAACCUUUCAGUGACUGUAAUAGCUGGAGAUCAACACAACAUCACAUGUGAAGCAUAUGGAGCAAUGCCUCCUGCACUACUGGAAUGGCGUACAUCUGAUGAUAUGGCUAUUUUACACCAGAAUCAGUCCGAUGUUGUUCAAGACGGAUCCUACAUCUCCCAGAAAGCCAUAACAAUUGCACCCUCCAGGAAAGACGACGGAAAGAGUCUUACCUGCAUUGCAUCACAUCCACAACUACAAUAUGAACGUCUAUGCUCAGUUCGUCUCAUUGUUCACGUUCUGCCAAGGGAUGUGCUGGUCUUUGCGACUGGAGUUAACCAGUCACAUUCAACCAUCCUUAACAUUCAAAAAGAUUCACCAACUUCAAUCACUUGCAAAAGUAUUGGAUCAUUCCCAGCGACCGAACUAUCAUUUUGGUUAGUUGGCGGUGGUGACGAUACUCAAAUUUACUCAAACCUUUCAACGACUCGCAGUGUCUUAGACGGAACUUUGUUUGACACUGAAAGUACUAUAACCAUACACCCAGACAAAAAGAACCACGGAAAGCACAUCGUAUGCUACUCAUCUGUAGAAGGCGUCUUUGUUAAGGCGGGGUUAGCUAGACUGGUUGUUCUUGGACCACCGGACGAUAUCACAAUGACUCUCCCAGAUGACGGUAUGUUUGAAGGAGCAGGAACCAAUGUAACAUGCAGAGCUCUGAAUGGAAACCCGGCCCCCGUCAUCUACUGGUACCUAGGAUCAACGAACGUGACUGAUAAUUUAUCCAUGCAGACAAGCAAAAACAUAGCCGAUCUGUAUGAUGCUGAAAGCACGUUAUUCUUCACACCCAAGAGAACAGAUCAUGGGAAAUGUCUUAUCUGCGUGGCUGUUCAACCUGACAUACCCUCUCCCCGUUCAGUGAAUGACAGUACGAUUCUGGCCAUAUCGUAUCAUCCCAUCGUGUCUAAUACUUUUCGAAGACCUUCAACGAUAGAACCAAGCGGAUCUGCUAGAUUCAUGUUAAAAUGUACAGCUGAUGCAUAUCCUCCCGUCAUUUAUUUUGAAUGGCUCUGUAACGAAACUCUGAUUUCAAACGACACCGGUAGCAUCUCCCUCCCUGAAAAUUCAUCAGAACGCGAAACCAUGACCUCCUCAGAACUUGCAGUUCAAACCUCUCUUCCUGACUAUCCAUGUAUUUACCGCUGCACUGCCAAAUCAAGAUACGGUGAGGGAAGUGUGGUCUUCAACACUUCCAUUCCGACUACACCAGAUUCACCUUCUCCGCUCAUCAUCGAUCAAAAGCAGACGACAUCUUUAGCUCUCUUCGUUGCCUGGCAACCAGGAUUCAUCAUUCGGCUCCUUUUCACAUUAAUUUUCAAAUAAGGUAACUUUACGAUCAUUGUAACUAUC